CUAUAGAUCAUUGAUUUUAAGAGAGCAUCAAAACAUUGGCUGGUCAGGACGUGAUGGCUUCCUCGGGAGAGGAAAAGGAAGAAGGACAAGAUGACACAGGUGUGGCGGACUCAGAGGUGGUGCUGGAUCUGUGUGGGCGGAGACUCAAGAGGCUGGAGAAGGCGCCGGCCAACCAAGCCUACGCCACAGCACUCGUCCUCGACAACAACUCACUGCAGAACCUCUCCAACCUGGACAGCUAUGGCGAACUGGAGAGGCUGUCCAUCGCCAACAACCAGCUAGUGAGGAUGUACUGGUUCGCUCGGAUGUACUCCCUGCGUGUCCUCAACCUUCCAAACAACAACAUAGUACAGGUGGAGGGUCUGCGGGAGCUCAUCCACCUCAUCCAUCUCAACCUAGCGGGAAACAAGAUCAAGACAAUAGAGGGUCUGAGUUACAACCGAACACUGGAGCAUCUUAAUCUGUCGGGGAACUCUAUCUCUCACGUCAACGAUCUCUCAAUGCUGAAGAGUCUUAAGGAAUUGUUCUUGCACCGGAAUCGCAUCAGCACCCUGUACCGCUGCAACAAGUACCUGCCACCCAGCCUCAUCAUCCUCACCCUGUCAGACAACUCCCUCACAGACCUCAAUGACCUGUCCACCCUGUCACACCUCAACCAUCUAGAGCAGGUCACCAUCCUCAACAACCCCUGCCUGGAUCCCCUGCAGCCCACCGAUGAGACGGGUCAACCUGUGGGACCCCUGCUGGCAUUUGACUACCGACCUUAUGUCAUCAACUGGUGCCUUAACCUGAAGGUCCUUGAUGGUUAUAAGGUCACGCCAAAGGAGAGCUUGAAGGCGGAAUGGCUGUACUCUCAGGGGAAGGGGCGAGGCUUCCAGAUAGGGGAACACACAGCUUUGGUGCAGUACCUCUCUGGAGUGUGCCUGGCAGGGGGAGGCUGGGGUGGUGCUGACCUGCCUGAUGAUGAUGACAAACUGGCCAAGAUCCUUCAACUGGCCAAGCAACACCAACAUGACCUGCGCCAUGCUGUGAACGGGCAGGACGUGAGUGAGCCAUCGAGUGGGCGUGGCAGCAGGUCCAGCAGCCACCAUGACUCCCCGGCACUGCACAGGAGGAGUGCCGUCCGCUCCACCUCCCUGCGCCGCAACACUGCCCCCACCCGGCCUGCCCCUGCCCGGGAGUGCCACCGCCGCACCCACUCCCACUCUGCCUCAGUGCGGGAGUCCAGCACGGCACGCUCCUACCAUGUGGAGCUGUCCAACACCCUGUAUGGCGGGGACCUGCGCACCCCAGAGACUCCCAGCCUCAUGACCCAGAGCAUGGAUCCUGCCAUCCUGUCCCAGCUGGCCGGCCCCACACCCCGCGGCCACACAGACCUCAUGUCCCGCAGCCUGGGGGCCGAGCAGAUGUCCCGCUCAUUAGGUAUUGACCCCAUGAGUCAGUCCAUGGGGGAGGAGGACUUCAAGCGGGCAGACUUUGACCCCAUGACCCAGAGCCAGGACCCCAAGCAGCUGGCACGGUGUCUGGCCCAGCCUGACCCCACGGACCUGAUGACCCGCAGCCUGGACCUGGGUCACCUCACCAACGGGGAGGCCGAGGUGUGGGGGGAGCGUGUGGCCCACCCUUCCCAUGGCCACCCACGCCCCACCAGCCUGUUUGGGGCUGAGAAUGACCUGGCUGUGGAGGAUGUGGCCAACCAAGAGGUGAGUAGUCAGCUGGUUGGGUCCAGUAAGUUUGUUCCAGCACCAGAGAGCAUCAUGAGUCCAGAGUUCCAGGCCGCUGUUGCCUCUCAGCCCGCACAAAGCCACAGCACAGUGCCGCCUUCAGGGUCGUCGGGACGGCCCCACAGCCAGCAGAAUGCCAACAUGGGUCGGCCCAAUGCGGCGUGCAGCUCCCCUCGCCCUCCUCCGUCCAGCAGAGUGCAGCCUUCCCCGCAGCCCCAGGCUUCCCCAAGGCAAGCAGGAGUAUCAGCAACGCCAGCCGCUGUUCGGUCAUCUUCAGCCACUCGUCCCCGGGCCUCUCCCAUGAAAAGUCCUGCCCCCACAACCUCUGCCAACAUGGAUAUGCCCAAAGGCUCUCCAUCCCGCAGCCAGCGCCCCACUGCCACCCCUGCUGGUGUCAGUGGGGGCCCUUCCACCCUUCCACGACCCAAGCCUUCCCCACGACCUGCUCCCAGAUAUGUAAGGUCAUUGUCUGUGGAGCCAGUGUCAAGAAGGCAAGGCAACUCAAGGAAGAAGGUGCCAUCGCCUCACCACGGCUGUUCAGACGCAGACUCAGACAACACAGACUCAGAGAUGUCGGCCUCCAAGCUGCAGACCAUCAAGAGCAUUGCUGCCGAGCGUAAACAGACGGAGAAGAGAGGCCGAGAGCUUCCCCAUGUGGCCCACACCUACGAUCCAGAGAAGUACAAGAGUGGUGCCCAAGCCAGGACUCUGGAUGACAAGAAUGGCCGCAGGCGCUCCAGCAACAGCAGCAGUGGCAGCAGCAGUUCAGGCAUGACCAAGCAGCAAGCAGCCAUCACGCUGCAGAAGCACUGGCGAGGUUACCAGACACGCAAUUAUGACCCACAUGCUGCCAGGAUCAGAGACGACAUCAGGCACUCCCGCGCUGAGCAGCACAUCAAACACCUGACGGAGAAGCUGCGCAGCACGGAGGAGGCGCUGGAACGGGAGCGGCGGCUGAGACACAUGCAGCUGGAGGCGAUCCGUACCCUGUGGCGAGAGAUACAGAAGCUGCAGGCCAGUAAGAGGGAUGGUGGCCUCAACACCCCCUCAACCCCAAUGACACCCCUCACCCCCCUCACCCCCAUGGACAACAGCAGCAGGGAGGGAGCACAGGCAGGGACUGCAGCUGCCCCGCCUGCUGUGGCUGUCCCUGGGGCAGGCAAGAAGUACUCAGAGGAGAGUGUGAAAGAGCUUACUCAGUUUUGUGCUGCAUUGCAAGGCCAGGUGGGGCAGCUGCAGGACUCCCUCUCAAUGGUGACACAAGUGAUGAAUGCAUUCUGCAACCUGCCUGGCUCCCAGUCUUUGCUGACCAUGUCUCAGUCCAGCGGGUCAGGUCAAGAGAGGUCACCAGGUGGGGCCAGCUCUCCACCCUCCCAAAGCAUAGCUUCGGUGUCUGUACCGCUGAGCGAGUCUGUGACCUCCCUCACACACUCUAUCUGUGCCCUCACCACCUCCAUCGUCAAGUCCCCCUCCGGGCAGCGGGAGCAGCAGGGUGUGGUGCAGCGUGGUGGCCAGGCAGUGGUGGCAGCAGCAGUGGUUCGGGAGGAGGAGCAGAGCAGUGGAGAGCACUCCAGCGACGGUUCAGAGGGCACGCCGGUGGCUUGCCAGAAGCAGUCGCUGCCACACCUGCACACACUGCUGGACACAGCUGUGUCCAUGGCCUCUGCUGACCUCAACUCCACGGCACUGGAUGUCUCCACGCUGUCGGUGGACUCCACGGAGGGCGGCGAGGCGGGUGACACCACUGGCCGGGAUGAGGCAGAGCUUUCUGAGUCCAGCCAGUCAUCACUCUCUGGCAGUCUGUCGGGCAGCUGCUCUGGGAACCAGUCUGAGGGUGGUAGACAGGGCAAUGCUGGUGGUGGUGGCAGUGGCAGCAGUGGUGGUGGUGGACCUCUACGGCCGUCAUCCCUGCCAGUUGCUCGUCCCCACACCCCCCGCACCACCGCCUCCUGACCCGCUGGUCCUCCCUCUUCACUGCCUCUCUACCUACUCCCUCCCUCCUCCUCCUCUUCCUCCUCCUCCUCCUCAUCCCUGUGCCUCCCCUUGCGGCCGGCACCAAGAGCUAUUCAGCACUACGCUUCAGCCCUGCUGUCCUCAGUGUUCAUGGACCUCACCCUGCCAACCCCCUGCCAGCCACACUGAGGCCACACCACACCACACCAUACUACCACACUACACCACCACCCUGCCAGCCCAGUGCCAGCACAACUGAAGCUCCCCACACUACACCACACCACACCACACCAUACCACCAUCACAGGGACACAGGCACACCACAUUCUGCACCACUCACUCACACAUUCAUUCACUGCUUGACAUUUAUUUGUUUGGAUGCGUUUGAUCUCAACAUUCUGGUCUGUCUUUAACAAGAAAGGUCAUGGUGAGUCUCAGAGUAUGACUAGUGUGACUCACAGAGAGGCCAGCUGGUGUUACAGGCGGGUUUUGUCAAAACAAACUGACCACUAGUGAUAAUUGAAGCUUGAAUCUCUGCCAAAGUUGAGUUGAGGAAUGUGGUUUUCCUGUUAGCUGAGAGAAUGCAUAGUAGGGAACUGUCUGCUUCACUGCAUGGCUUUGGUUCUCGUUAAGUUGUGUCUGAAUGGAUAAGCUGCUAUGUAUGUGUACAGUACAUGCCACAAUUAUGAUUUGAGUAAGGUGCUGCCUCCUCGGACCCUUUCAGUCAUUCAGUACUCAUGACACUAAGACAUCAUGAUUCGUAUUCACAAUUAGUCAAUACAAAGACGUGAUCUUUUUGUUUAUUUGUACUUUAGGAAUGCUUGUGUGUGUGUAUGUGUGUGUGUGUGUGUGUGUGUGUGUGUGUGUGUGUGUGUGUAGAUGCCAGUCUGGUGUUUAGACAGAUGGGUAGACCAAGAUUAUAAUGUGUUUGAGACCUUGAAAAUUAAGCCUGAGUUCAUCCAUCUCUCUCUACCCCUGCCUGCUAUCAUUGGAAGGCACAGACAUGCACUCACAAGCAUUCCUUCCCUUUGUGAUAGAAUUAGAUCAUAAAAAACUAUCAUCAUUUCAUCAGUAUUUUGAGAAGCCAUUUGCCAGAACAGGAGGAGGAAGCUUUUAUGUUCCUGGGGAAGGAGGAGGGCAAGGUAUCCGAGAUAUAGAGUUAGGUAGGCAGAUAUAGGACAGUUCAUUGGGUCUUUUGGUUGGUAAAAGUAAGUAAAUUGUAGUAAUGGAGACUUACAGGUAAUAACUUCAUUAUAUCUUUGGUCUGUGAAAGCAAGUAUUCAUUUAGUUAUGAUAGAAAUUCAUUGGCAGUUAGUUAGUUCAUAGAAUGUGUAUUUUUAGUAGAUUUACUGUAGUGAAGAUUUUUGGCAGAAUUCAUCAAAAGUUAAUAAAUUUUGAAAGUAAGCAUUGAUGUCAUUGGUAAUAUUUUCUUAGUUAGCAAACCAUGCAUCAAUUAGACAGUAAUCUUCAGUUGUGGGAUUAGAAAGUGCAUAUAUAUAUAUAUAUAUAUAUUCUAUAUAUACUCUAUAUAUUAAAAGAGAAACACAUGAGGCAAAGCUAUGUAAAGUACUCAUAUUCUUAGGAGAUAAGAAAUUGCCCUCUAUAAGUGUAACAAAAAUCAAGAUAUAUUUCCGACGAAGGAAGGUUCCAUAUUUUUGUGACUGUGAUCUCAGUAUUGUCCAGCAGACAGUUCCCUGCACCACUGCAUCUCUAUGGCUCCUUUGUCAUGUCACAAGAUUUUCAUGUGUAAAAGUCUCAAUAUUUAUAUCACAAGACCUCAAUGAGCACUCCUCUCCCGUCACUCAACACAGGAUUGAACCUCUCAGCAGCCUCCUGGUGAAGAUGCUCUCAUCACAGGGAUAAAGAACAUUCUGAUGAAAAUGAACGCUUUAUUGAUCUCAUCUUGGGGUAGUGCAGCUCAAAACUCUUCAGCUGUUGAUUUAACUAACGGAUAACACAGCCGGGUGGUGGAAGUGGAUGACCAAAUUGAGGAUUGUUUAUUUUGAUGAGUGUAGUUGUCCCAAUCCGACGAGUGAGAGAGAGAGAGUGGCUCCCAGCGAGUGGCGGCCACAAAGCAGGCAUUCCCAUGUCACGUGGGCACAACUUGACCCUUAGCAGCGCAGCUUUCCCUCUCUUGUGUGUGGGCCCAGUAUGGUGUCACUGCUGCUGCCGCCGCUGUCAUGAUGUGUCAUUCUUACUGUGGAGAGAAGCAUGUGUGUCAUGUGGAGGCCAAGUAUUCUCUAGUCAUGGAUAGUCACCAUAUGUUUUCAAUGUGCUGUGUUAGUCAUAGUGGCAGCUUAGUACUGACAACAACAUGAUCUAAGACUGUAUUGUUAUUUUAAGUCAUUCAUACAUACAUACAUAGUGAAAGGAUUGUUUUAGGUGUAUAUAUGUGUAUGAAUUUUGUUGUAUUGUUUUUAUUAUUCUGUUGCACACAAACUAGGAUGUAUAUUCUUCUUUUGUAUUGAGGAAGGAGGUGGGAAGGUUGUUAUUAUUGGGCCUGCUUGCCUUGUUGUCACAAAGGGCACCACUCACUGCUGACUCACCACACCAGCCUCUAACAAAAUCCACCAGGCAGGGGUGUGCAUGCCCUCUGCCAGCAAGCUUGGCUGUGGAGUGUCACCUGUCUUAGAUGCAAGGGCUGCCACCACCACCACCACUAUUACCACUCCUUGGUCAGGAUGGAACAUCAAGAACACAAGGGUUGGUGUAGGAAGCCAUCAGGCCUGCAUAUGGCAGUCCAUGUAUUAAAACAUGUCUGCCUGUUUCAACCUGUCAACCUUGUCCUAGUGUGUGUGGCAGUUUAUGUGUCUGGGCAUGUGAACACCACUGGAAUACUGACCUUGUAGUGGGCCUAAGUUUUCUCACCAUGCUGUUUCUGCUCCACAUUCAGUGUUUCCAAACAUGCUUUACAUCAAUGGAUAAACAGCAUUGAGUGCAGGAAGGUAUUCAUACUGCAGUGGUGUCACUCUUAUCACUUCUGUGCCAAGCUGGGAAGAUUCAUUAUGGUGGUCAAGGUUGUCCAUCUCUCCCAGCUUGACUCAGGACUGUUGCUUGGAAGGUUGUCUUUAGGAUUUGUGCAGGAAUGAUGCCUGGCAGAUGGCAGAACCACAGCAAAGGGUGAGGAGGUGAACACUGUCUCUUAUAAUCUCCUCUCAUGGAAAUACUCAUUUGCACCUUUGGACAAAUGUUAGACAGUAGGGAAAUUGAUGAAAAGCUAUUUUGCUUUUUUUUUAAAUGAGUAAUGUCCAAACAGGAUGGCUCAAAAGUUGUGUGUGGCUUCACCAUCACAACAUGUUCUGGUUGGUGCAAGAGAGAGUGAGGUGGUGCUGCCCUUCACCACUUGCUGCAUGGACUGACAGAUGAGAGAGGAUGUGACUGGAAGGUGCAAGACAAACCAGUGCUGCAAUUUGCUUUUCUUGCCAUGAACUAUUAGUACAAUGCUUUUCUAGUCACACAAGCUCCAGCUGAUGAGAUGUGUUCUACGGAUCCCUUCAGUGUGGGAGUGCAAGGAGGACAGUGUGUGUUUGACCUCCUGUGCGGGUAUCUUGUGACCCCUGUACUGUAUGUGGCCUGUGGGACACUGCUUGCUGCUGUGAUACUUGUCGCUUUGCUCCGACAUGGUGCCCAGUGUGACCUGUGUGUGUGUGUGUGUAUAUGCGUGUGUGUCUGUAUUUACACACGUUUGAUCUACCAGUCAUUAAAUUUUCAGCUUUAUACCACCACCACCACCAGUGGUGUGUGUGUGUGUGUGUGUGUGUGUGUGUGUGUGUGUGACAAUUUACUUCCAGUUCUCUUUAUCAGAAAUCUAAUCUGUGUUUUUGUGUGUGUGUGUGUGCAUGUGUCAGAGCAAGGCUGACCCAGAGCACAGUGUCCCAUAAACCCACCACUUGUCAUUUGACCAGAACCAUGUUACCAGACGGGACAGACACAGAUGCUGCCUGACCAUCCUCUUCCAGAAAUUAUGAUGCACACCAUUUAAAAAGAUUCCACACAUGUAUGACAUGGCAGGUCAGGAAACAAAUAUUUGACUUUAUUAAACAUUGUGGAGGAGCAUGAAACUUUGAAUUCAUGUAACUUUAACAGUAGAUCAUGGUUUCAAAAUUAAGGUAGUCUCUCUCUCUCUCUCUCUCUCUCUCUCUCUCUCUCUCUCUCUCUCUCUCUCUCUCUCUCUCUCUAUUACAUUGCUUGCAAGAACACAAGACCACAAAGUUUGGUUUGGGUGUAGAGUUUGAGAGGAACAUAGUAAAUUUUGCAUAGGAGGAAUGAGGAGAUACAGUCUGUCCAUGAAUAUAAUGAGACAGUGUACACCAUGGGAGUUACUAAGGUAGGACAGUGUUGUGAAGUGGAUGUACUGGCCAGAGAGUGGUGUGCAUCAUAAUGAGUGAGGGGAGUGGCAGGCAGAGGUCAGUCUGUGUAUGCUUGUCUCCGGGAGGACAGUGUCACUGGGUGGCUACCUCGGCCGCCUGCUGGACUGUACACUCUUUAUCAGUGCUAUUAUAUUGCUCCAUGACCUGUAAUGUCAAGCAAGCUGCCUUACUUUUUUGGAAUAAUACUGGAAGAAGAAUCCUUCAUAGGUGUAAGGGAUCUUUUAUAUUACUGUAUUUGUACUGGAAUUAUUAUUAUUAUUAUUAUUAUUA